AUGGCGUCGCAAGCCGACUACAAGGACAGACAGUUCCUGGCCGACUCCGUCACGGGUCUGCUUCUUGCUGGCAUUGGGCACGUCACUCCACCGCCCGACAACCAAAAAAACUUCCUGAUCGUCGACUCUAAGACAGAGACCUCCGUCAUCGAGGCAGCCUUCGACAGGUUUACCAAGGAGAGGAAAGACAUUGGCAUUGUUUUGAUCAAUCAACAUAUCGCAGACCGGAUACGCAACCGCAUUGACACCUACACACAAGCCUUCCCGGCUGUUCUCGAGAUCCCGAGCAAAGAUCACCCAUACGACCCCGAGAAGGACAGCGUGUUGCGCAGAGUGCGCCGCUUGUUUGGAGAAUAG